AUGGAACACACUUCUCCAAAAGGAGGUCCUGCCUCCCCUGCAGAACCAAGACUGCAUCUCCCUUCAACAACUGAUCCUCCAGGUCCUCAAAAUCCCCCUAAACCCCUCGUAUGGCUGAUCUUCGGCGCAACAGGCCACAUGGGCCGCUCCCUGGUGAAAACAGCCCUCUCCCACAACGACCUAGUCGCAGCCGUAGGCCGCACAUACGAAAACAGCCCCGAAGCAAUGAAAGAGCUUGAAUCCGAACACGAGAACUGCAUGGGUCUUCUCUGCGACGUGCGAGCCCGCGAGACAGUCAAACGCGUCAUAGACGCCACAAUAGCCCGCUUCGGCCACAUCGACGUGAUAGCAAACUGUUCAGGGUACGGCGUCAUCGGCGCCUGUGAAGAUCAAGACGAGUUCGAUAUCAGGAACCAGUUUGAGACAAACUUCACAGGGACAUUGAAUAUGAUUCAGCUUUCUUUGCCGCAUUUCCGGCAGCGGCGAGCGGGGAGAUAUUUGAUUUUCAGUUCGACUUCGGGGGCCCUUGGUGUGCCCGGGUUGGGCCCUUACUGUGCUUCCAAGUAUGCGGUUGAGGGUUUGAUGGAGAGUAUGCUUUAUGAGGUUGAUAGCUUCAAUAUUAAAGGGACGCUCGUGGAACCGGGGCAUAUGCGUCGUGAUGAUAUUGCGGAUUUGGUCUCGCCUUCUGCUAUGGCGGCUAAUCCGGAACAGAAUUUGUCGUCGCCGUUGCCGCUGUAUGGUCACUUCUUGGUUAAACCGCCCAGUGAGCCGUAUAAUACUUCUACCUCGCCUGCUGCGCAUGCUCGUCGCAUGUUGAUGUGGUUGGGUGAUAAGCAGCCUGCUAGUGCUGUGAAGGCGGCUCAUUUGGUCUGGCAGCUGGGUCAUUGCUCUUAUCCUCCCUUGAGAUUGAUCUUGGGAACAUAUGCGGUGGAGAGUAUCAGGGAUCGGUUGAAGUGUAUCAUUGAGGAGAUUGAGGAUUGGAAGCAUCUGAGCUUUCCUUUGGAACCGCAGCAGACUGGGCGAGAUAGAGAAGGAAGUGACAAUGGCGGAUGA